AUGAGCACAUCAAGAGGCAAGCGGUGCUGGACCAAGCAGAAGGACGAAUAUCAAGGUGGAGCUCGACGCGGUGGCAACAAUGCUCGUGGACGCGGAGCCAACAACGUUCAGUGGCGAACCAACAGUAACUACGACGACAACUACGAUCGAGUUGCGUUCGCGGUUUCGCUGGAGGCUGGACUUUCGACGGGCAAGAAUAUUCCAGGGAUGUGGGCAGUCGACAGCGGUGCGACGCAUCACAUCUGCAACGACAAGGCCAAGUUUGCAAGCCUGAAUGAGCGAGAUGAAGGCGAACUAUCAGUGGCUGAUGGCAGCAAGGCUGCGAUCAAGUAUGUGGGAACCAUCAUGGAACGGGUGGUUCUGCCCAAUGGUGACGAACGCGACAUCGAGAUCAAGGACGCACUGUUCGUACCAAGUAUGAGCAAGAAUCUGCUUUCGGUGCCACAGAUCAACAAGGGUGGCAGGUUCCAAGUCGUGUUCGAUGGGUUCAAGAUGCAAGUGAAGCGCAAUAAUUCUACACAAGUCGUGGCAACAGCGGAUCUCGUCGAUGGACUUUACUGGCUGCGGACUCCUCAACGAUCGGCAAAUGCAGCAACACGCAAUGGGACUAUCGACUUGCAUGCGCGCAUGGGUCAUGCACCCCUCGAAGUUCUGCGCAAGAUGGUGGCCACUGGCAUGAUCAAGGACGCCAAGGCACCUCUCAACUCGACUGGUCCAAGUGUGUGUCGCGGUUGCCAGCAAGGAAAGAUGGUCCAAAAAUCAUUCCCAACCAACCGUGACAAACGUUCCCAACCAACCGUGACAAACGCCAAUAUGGUGUUCAGCGGUUGCAUGAAGGGCUUCUGUCUGCGGUCCAAGUCUGAGAGUGAAGACUGUAUCAAGAACCACAUUAUCAAGAUUCAGACUCAGUUCGGCACGAAGAUCAAGUUUGUUCGGCACGAUGGAGCGCAUGAGUUUGCGACCAACUCGAUCACUACCUUCUACGAAGAUCAUGGUAUCGAACAACAGGUCACGGUGCCGUAUGCACACCAGACCAACGGCACCGCAGAACGCGCGAUAAGGACCAUCGUCACGAUCGGACGCAGCUUGUUGCAUCAUGCAAAACUGGAGAAGUGUUUCUGGGCUGAAGCGGCAAUGACGGCGAUCUACAUCAAGAACCGCCUGCCUUCACCCAAGAUCGACCACAAGACUCCGUUCGAAAUCGUGUACAAGUCGAAACCAAGUGUCAAGCACAUGCGCAUGUUUGGAUGUCGGGCGUUUAUCCUGACACCAAGGGAGAAGCGAUUGAAGUGGGACCCGAAGGCUCGUGAAGGGAUGUUCAUGGGCUACGAAGAAGCGUCAAAAGCUUAUCGAGUGUACGACAUUGAGGCGGACCAAGUGGUGAUCAGUCGUGACAUCACCUUCGACGAAUCGACUUUUGACUUUUCGAUGGACCGACCAAGUGACGAUGAUGAAGAUGCGGAGUUGGACCUCGACCUCCUGGCGAUCAACGAGGACGACGUGCGUCAAACCGUCUCCAAGCAUACUGGCAAGCGCAAGAGUGAAGCAAGACUCGGCAUGUCACGUUCAGCUCGCCCUCGAACUGGGUUGGAACAAGCAAGUGCGCCGGAACACGUCUCCAACCGUCACCAGAAACGACGAUCAAGUGCUCCAGAAACGAUGUCUGAUGACGAAGAAGAUGCGAGCGACUACGAUCAAGAUGACGACUCGACGCCUCCAACAUUUUGGCGUGCAAGUGCAAACGCAGUGGAAGCAACGGACCUAGCAGAACCUGUGACUUUUCAAGACGCGAUCAAUGGUCCUGAUCAAGCUCACUGGCGAAAUGCUGUGAAGGCGGAACUCAAGUCGAUGCAUCUUCGUGUAGUUUUCCGUGCGGCAAAACUACCAAGAGGCCAAGGCGCGAUCGGCACCAAGUGGGUGUUCAAGAUCAAGCGCAAAGCGGAUGGAUCGGUCGAGAAAUACAAGGCGCGUCUCGUUGCCAAGGGCUUCAAGCAGAAGUACGGCAUCGACUACACAGAGACGUUCUCGCCCGUGGUCAAGUACGUGACACUGCGUAUGGUGAUCGCGAUCACCAAGUACUUCGACUGGACUCUGGACCAACUCGAUGUGGUGACAGCCUUUCUCUACGGAGUGCUGAAGGAGAAGGUGUACUGCGUGAUACCAGAAGGCAUCGAGAUGGAUGGCGACUUCGACUGUCUCGAGUUGGUGAAUGCAAUCUACGGUCUCAAACAAGCCUCGCGCGUUGGAACGAGACUUUCGACGAGUUCCUCGCUCGAGUUGAUUGCGCAGACGAAGGCCGACCUCAAGAUGCGUUUCGAGAUGACCGACAGCGGCAAGUGUACUUUUGUACUGGGCAUCGAACUGGUGGACGAAUCGGAUGGCAGCGUGACGAUGUGCCAGCGACGGUAUGUCAACGACAUCCUCAAGCGCUUCGGCAUGGAUGAGUGCAAGGCCACAGCGAGUCCGGUCGAUUUGGGUACUCGGCUUGUCGCAAGCAGCGAAGCGGCAAAGAUCGACGUUCAUUUUCGUGAAGCUGUGGGAGCUUUGAUGCACCUGACCACUGCAACGCGCCCGGAUAUUGAGUUCGCCGUGAACUAUGUGUCGUGA